AUGGGCGGCGCAUUUGACAACAAGCGAGUCUUCAAACCGCGCAUGAACUUGAUCGACGAGGGCAGCCAAUCCCAUCUACCUUUCAAGUUGAAGCGACGCCAGUUUGCAGUGAAGUUGGCAUUUGCUAUGACCAUCAACAAGUCUCAGGGCCAAACGUUAAGUCGCGUGGGACUUAUCUUGCCAAGCCCGUUGAGCCCGAAGAAGUCUCAUUUCUAUCUGCGCGAGGCAGAAUGGUGUGGCAAGGAGAUUUCGGCCGAUGGAAUCACCCAUUCCCCAAGCCGAAUUCAAGGACUCGUGGAUUUGUCGCCGCCGACGACCGCGGCGGACCUCCAGCAGUUUGUGUGUGCCACCAACUGGAUGCGUGCUAGCAUCCCCGGCUACAACCAGCUGGUGGAUCCGUUGCGACGUCUGCUCGACGUGGCCACCAAGGCAGCCGGAAGCUGCAAGAAAACGGCGUUAGUGCGUGUUGCACUCCCUGCCGUGGGAUGGUCGUCCGACCAUCUCAAGUGUUUCAACAACCCAAGUGGCUCGAACGUCAACAUGGCCAAGUAUCAGGCCGACAAGCUGCAGCGAUGGUCGCUGGAGAUGCCGACCUUCCCCCGAUGGGGUUUGGCUCCGGCGGAUCAACCAGUUGUGAAUGUUCGCGAGUUGAUCCAUGUGGUGUCGCCCCUGCAACAAGUGGAUUUCGAGUGGCCGACAGCCGCUACGAUCAGCGGCAUCCAACGUUCAACCAUGGAGGGGGGAGGGACCCCCCCAAACGGCGUGGAUUGGGACGACAACGGCGUGGAUUGGGACGACGACUCCCAUUUUUACGUGGACCCAGACGGACGAAUCUGGAUCCCAGACGGAGCCAGCGUGAAGGACAACAUGAGUGGCUUUGUGCAGCAGUUCGCAGCAGAGUCCGCUGACUCCGCCGCGACCGCUCAGUGCCUGAUGACGUGGUUUACCACGUUCGGCUGCGUUCACACAUGGGUGCCAGAUGGCGGCUCUCACUUCAAGAACGAAGUGACCGAGAAGGUGCGGAAGUGGGUGGGUGCCCACUAUCACAUCACAACAGCCUACAGUCCUUGGGCGAACAUGACUGAAGAAGUAGUCAACCGACUAGUGCUGCGCGCCGUGAAGGCGCUGCUCAGCGAAAUGAAGCUGAACGCGGACGAAUGGCCGCACGUGUUGCCCCUCGUUCAGGGCGCCCUCAACCAUCAACCGACGUCACGAGAGAUGACUGAAGACCUCGAGGCGCAGAUCAAGUUUGGCGAUGGCGGAUUUCAUGUGGAGCGCCUGGACGAAGCGCGCUGCGUGGACGGCCAACAUCAAGUUUUGAUGAAGUGGCUUGGAUUGGACGAUGAAGUAUCGUCCUGGGAACCUGCGGCGAAUUUGCUGGACGACAUCCCAGUCGUAUUUCGCAAGUGGGCGGCGGCGAACAAGAAAGACCCUGCCGUGGCUGCCCUCAUCAAGACACUGGACUUUCCGUAG